AUGGCAGCACAGUUCGCCAACCUCCUGCUGCUGCUGCUGGCCGCAACGUGCUCCUCGCACGACAUCUCCGUGACCGCAAAGAGUCCUCCGAGUGACCACCUUUCCGGGACAGAGCCGUCCCCGCAGAAACGACUAUACCCGCCCUUCGGAGACGACCUACCGCCGCUCAAUCACCGUCAAAUCGACGUGGUCCAAGAUGUUCCCGAGUCCGGCCCCGCUGCCACUCUGGGCGCGCAGCACGACGAGAACGACACUCUCAUCCACGCGCCCAAUAUCACCGCCGAGCCGCGGGAACCGACCGAGAGGAAGGUGCAAAGCCCGAACCAGGACUACGCCCGGUACGCCGACAUCUCGUGGGACUACUUGGGUCUCGUGGUGGUCUUGUCGAACAGCGAGGACGACGAGCCGCCCUCUCAGGCUCCGCCGGUGUCGGACAGCGCGCUGGUCACGGUCGCAGACGUCGAACGCGUGGCCAGACUCAAGCUGGAACCGCAGGCGAGGAGGUACUUCUUUUCGGGAUCCGAUCGCCAGCAGACCCUCAAGGAGAACACGGAAGCCUUCAAAAGACUUCGUUUCCGACCUAAGCUUUUGGUGGACGUCUCGAAAGUGGACACGACGACCACAGUGCUGGGACACCGCAUAUCGAUGCCCAUCGGGUUUUCCCCGACGGCCCUGCAGAAGCUGGCACACAAUGAUGGUGAGGUGGCAACUGCACAAGCCGCGCAGGACGCCCGCAUCGUGAUGAUCCUGAGCUCGCUGAGCACCACGACGUUGGAAGAGGUUCGCACGAGAGCGCCUCGCGCCCUGCUCUGGUUCCAGGCGUACCUGUUCCGCGACCGCUCGGUCACCGAGUGGCUGGUCAAGCGAGCGGCCAAGGCCGGAUAUUCGGCCAUCGUGCUGACCGCCGACUCGCCCGUCGUCGGACACAAGCUGGGGCCCGUCAAGAACCGCUUCGACCUUCCGCCCAACGUGACGUUCGCCAACCUCCAGGGACGGAACGAUAAGUCCAAAGUCCAGUCUGGCAACCAGGAGAAUGUGGAUCAAUCCAUCUCUCGCUCCGUGUCGUGGGAGGACAUCGGCUGGCUCAAGCGGAUAACCGGACUUCCAGUAGUUGUCAAGGGACUGCUCACACGUGAAGCAGCUCUUCAAGCCUACCGCCACGGCGCGGCUGCCAUAUUGGUGUCCAAUCACGGAGGCCGCCAACUAGACGGGACGCCGGCCUCGAUCGAAGCGCUGCCUGAAAUCGUGUCGGCUGUGGGCGAUCGGCUGGAGGUCUACCUGGACAGCGGAGUCCGCAGCGGCGCUGACGUGGUCAAGGCGCUCAGCCUCGGAGCCCGGGCGGUGUUCUUGGGAAGACCGGCCAUCUGGGGCCUCGCGUACAACGGCAAGAAGGGUGUGGACAGAGUUCUGGACAUACUAAGGAGUGAGCUUGAGCGGACGAUGCAGUUGCUGGGUUGCAAGAACUCGAGCAGCCUCAACUCGGCAUACGUUGUUCACAAGGACCACUACGCCAGGACGAGAUGGAAGAACUACCCACGCCAUGAGCUGUGAAAUGAUUUAAGCCAUACCACGU